GAACAGGAAGGUGGUCGAUUAUUCCCAGUUUCAGGAAUCAGAUGAUGCUGAUGAAGAUUACGGAAGAGAUUCAGGUCCCCCAUCCAAGAAAAUCCGUUCGUCUCCCCGGGAGGCUAAAAAUAAGAGGCGAUCUGGGAAGAAUUCUCAGGAGGACAGUGAGGAUUCAGAAGACAAAGAUGUGAAGACUAAGAAAGACGAUUCACAGUCUGCAGAUGAAGAUUUUGGCAGUGAAGAUGAUGACUUAGGAGCAGAUGAUGGCAAAGCUGACAGUGACUAUGAGAGCUCUCAAAAAAGCAAAAAAGGAAAGAAGGCUAAACCAGAUAAAAACAAGAGAGCAGCCUCCAAAUCCAGGAAAAGGCCUGCAGAGGACAGUGAGGACGAGAAAGAAGAUCACAAAAAUGUGCGUCAGCAACGACAGGCAGCAUCCAAAGCAGCUUCUAAACAACGAGAGAUGCUUAUGGAUGAUGUGGGUAGUGAGGAGGAAGAACAAGAGGAUGAUGAGGCACAAUUCCAGGAGAAUUCAGGAAGCGACGAAGACUUCCUUGUGGAAGAUGAUGAUGAUAGUGACUAUGGCAGUUCAAAAAAGAAAAACAAAAAGGUCUCCAAGAAAUCUAAGCCAGAGAGGAAAGAAAAGAAAAUGCCGAAGCCCAGGCUAAAGGCUACAGUGACCCCCAGUCCAGUGAAAGGCAAAGGGAAGGCAGGCCGCCCCACAGCUUCUAAGGCAACAAAAGAAAAGACCCCAUCCCCCAAAGAAGAGGAUGAAGAGCCUGAAAGUCCCCCAGAAAAGAAAAAGUCAGCCAGCCCUCCACCAGAGAAGUCAGGGGAUGAGGGAUCUGAAGAUGAAGCACCCUCUGGUGAAGAUUAAAUGGCAGUUGAGGAAAUCUUUGUUUAAAAAAAAAAAGAAAAAAAAAGAAAAAGGAAAAGAAAACAUACUUAGGGGUAGAACACGGUUUUGGCUGUGGCUUGACUCAUGGGCUUUGAAUGCUGUCUUUACUUUCAGCUGUUUAAUACAGUGUAUCCUUUUUUUAAUAAGAGGAAACCCUUAUACAGUGAUAUUUUGAAGUCAAUGUUCUCUGUUGGCCAUUCCGUUUUCCCUCCCCCGCCAAAUCCGAAAGCCAUUUGAGACAAAUUAACAGAUCAUUUAAAUAUAUAUUUUUUUCAAGGGAUACUGCAGUUGUGAAGCAAUAAGGUUUGAGACUGAUACGUGGAAACCAUACUUAUAAAUCGUUAAGUAGAGUAGAUUUUCCCAGUGCUGGUUAAGAGUUCUUCAAAACUAUUAUUCUGUAUUUGAAUAUGUGGAA